GGACUCAGACUGAGACAGACGGCGGAGGAGGCAGCAUCAGCCCAACAGCGCAGCGCACCCACCCGGCCACCCUUCCUCACACGACCGCCAGCCCGCACUCCGCACAACUCCAUGGCGGGGCUUCCCUCCGCUGGUUAACCUGGCCACCCGCCACUGCGCAAGGAAGAGGACCUAAAGUCUACAGCCUCUACGCGAGAACACCUAUCUAAAUUGUUACCGCUCAACCCUUCCCCCCUCCACGGAUCAAGAUGUCGGGUGCCUCUGUGAAAGUGGCGGUCCGGGUUCGCCCCUUCAAUUCCAGGGAGCUUAGCAAAGAUUCGAAGUGCAUCAUUCAGAUGCAGGGCAACUCUACCAGUAUUAUUAAUCCAAAGAAUCCUAAGGAACCAGCCAAAAGUUUUAGCUUUGACUACUCUUACUGGUCACACACCUCGCCGGAUGACCCGAGCUUCGCGUCCCAGAAUCGCGUCUACAAUGAUAUCGGGAAGGAGAUGUUGGAACAUGCCUUUGAAGGCUACAACGUGUGCAUUUUUGCCUAUGGGCAGACAGGAGCUGGGAAAUCCUACACCAUGAUGGGAAAACAAGAGGAGUCCCAGGCUGGCAUCAUCCCUCAGCUCUGCGAGGAUCUAUUUGAGAAAAUAAAUGAUAAUCAUAACGAUGAAGUUUCCUUCUCUGUCGAGGUCAGCUAUAUGGAAAUAUACUGUGAGCGCGUCAGGGAUCUGCUGAACCCUAAAAACAAAGGAAACCUCCGUGUGAGAGAGCACCCGCUCCUCGGCCCCUAUGUUGAAGACUUGUCCAAGUUAGCAGUCACUUCGUACACGGAUAUUGCCGACCUGAUGGAUGCCGGCAACAAGGCCAGAACCGUGGCCGCCACAAACAUGAAUGAGACCAGUAGCCGCUCCCACGCCGUAUUCACCAUCGUCUUCACCCAAAAGAGACUUGACAUCGAAACCGAUCUCUCCACCGAAAAGGUCAGCAAAAUCAGCUUGGUAGACUUGGCAGGCAGCGAGAGAGCCGAUUCCACAGGCGCGAAGGGAACCCGAUUAAAAGAAGGAGCCAACAUCAACAAGUCCCUGACCACUCUGGGGAAAGUCAUUUCGGCUCUUGCAGAGGUGGACAACUGCCCCAGUAAGAGCAAAAAGAAGAAAAAGACCGACUUCAUUCCCUAUCGGGACUCUGUGUUAACUUGGCUGCUCCGUGAAAACCUGGGUGGAAAUUCCCGGACCGCGAUGGUUGCAGCUCUGAGCCCAGCAGAUAUAAACUAUGAUGAAACACUAAGUACCUUAAGAUACGCUGAUCGCGCUAAACAGAUCAAGUGUAAUGCUAUUAUCAACGAAGACCCCAACGCCAAACUGGUGCGCGAGCUGAAGGAUGAAGUCACUCGUCUGAAGGAUCUCCUGCGCGCUCAGGGCUUGGGCGACAUUAUUGACAUUGAUACUAUUGAGGACAAUUACCCUGGACUCAAAUCUCUCCCGUCUGUGGCCUGCCUUCCUCUCUCAGAUGUGAAUGAUAACCAGAACCUUAAGAAUAAAUACUUAUUAGCGAAUGACAACCAACGCCCUGGCAAUUUCUCUACAGCCUCCAUGAGCUCCCUUGCCUCUUCCCCAUCUUCAUGUUCACUCAGUAGUCAAGUGGGCUUGACGUCUGUGACCAGCAUACAGGAGAGGAUCAUGUCCACGCCGGGAGGAGAGGAGGCUAUAGAGCGUCUUAAGGAAUCCGAGAAGAUCAUUGCUGAGCUGAAUGAAACUUGGGAAGAGAAACUUAGGAAAACAGAAGCCAUCCGCAUGGAGAGGGAAGCCUUGCUCGCUGAAAUGGGAGUUGCCAUUCGGGAAGAUGGCGGCACUCUGGGGGUAUUCUCACCCAAAAAGACGCCUCACCUUGUUAACCUUAAUGAAGAUCCCUUGAUGUCCGAGUGCCUUCUGUAUUACAUUAAAGAUGGGAUUACCAGGGUGGGACAGGCUGAUGCCGAGAGUCGUCAAGACAUCGUUCUGAGCGGAGCUCACAUAAGAGAGGAGCACUGCGUCUUCCGUAGCGAAAGGAACCCCAAUGGAGAAGUAAUCGUUACCCUAGAACCUUGUGAGAGGUCCGAGACGUACGUGAAUGGGAAGAGGGUGGUCUUGCCUGUUCAACUACGCUCUGGAAAUCGUAUAAUUAUGGGGAAGAACCACGUCUUCCGCUUCAACCACCCUGAGCAGGCCCGUGCGGAGCGCGAGAAGACCCCAUCGGCAGAAACGCCGUCAGAACCAGUGGACUGGACCUUUGCUCAGCGCGAGCUCCUGGAGAAACAAGGCAUCGAUAUGAAACACGAAAUGGAAAAAAGGCUUCAAGAGAUGGAAAUCCUGUACAAGAAGGAGAAGGAGGAGGCAGAUCUGCUUUUGGAGCAGCAGAGACUGGAUUAUGAAAGUAAACUCGAAGCCCUCCAGAAGCAGGUGGAGACCCGUUCGCUGGCAGCAGAGAACACGGAGGAAGAAGAAGAGGAGGAGGAAGAGGUUCCUUGGACCCAACAUGAGUUUGAGUUGGCACAGUGGGCAUAUAAGAAGUGGAGACAUCACCAGUUCACGUCAUUACGGGACUUACUGUGGGGCAAUGCCAUGUACCUGAAGGAAGCCAAUGCCAUCAGUGUGGAGCUGAAGAAGAAGGUGCAGUUCCAGUUUGUGCUGCUGACAGACACCCUGUACUCACCCCUACCUCCUGAACUGCUCCCUCCUGACGCUGAGAAGAUCCCUGAAGACCAGCCGUUCCCCCGCACGGUGGUGGCUGUAGAAGUGCAGGAUCUGAAGAAUGGAGCCACCCAUUACUGGUCUCUGGAAAAGCUCCGGCUACGGCUGGAACAGAUGCGAGAGAUGUACGAUCGGGCCGGGGAAAUGGCCUCCAACGUGGCAGACGAGAGCGACACUGUGAUAAACGGCAGCGACCCAUUUUACGAUCGGUUCCACUGGUUCAAGCUAGUUGGAAGUUCUCCUAUAUUCCACGGGUGCGUGAACGAAAGGCUGGCGGAUCGCACCCCGUCCCCCACCUUCUCAACGGCAGACUCCGACAUCACCGAACUCGCCGACGAGCAGCAGGACCAGAUGGAAGACUUCGACGACGACCCUUUCGUAGACGACACCAGCUCCGAUGUUGGAACCGAGGAGGGAUCUGAUCUCUUCAGCGACGGCCAAGACCCUUUUUACGACCGCUCCCCAUGGUUCAUUUUAGUAGGAAGAGCGUUUGUAUAUCUGAGUAACCUGCUCUUCCCGGUCCCGCUGGUCCACCGCGUGGCUGUAGUCAGCGAAAAGGGCGACGUACGCGGCUUCCUGCGUGUCGCGGUGCAAGCGAUCGCUGGCGAUGAGGAAGCCCCAGAUUACGGAUCUGGCAUUCGACAGUCCGGAACCGCCAAGAUCUCAUUUGACAACGACUACUUCAACAAGAAUGACUUCUCGUCCACGGUUCUCACCCGCUCCGGACUGUCCCAGGAAGAGCUGCGUAUCGUGGAAGGACAGGGUCAGAGCUCGGAAAUCAUCACCCCGAUGGAAGAGAUCAACCACAAGGCAGAGCUGGACAUGAAGUCCGGCAGCCUGCUGGAUGGGAAGAUGAUGAUGGAAGGGUUUUCUGAAGACGUCGGAGAACACCUGAAGAUCGGCAGCGUCUUCACUUUCCGGGUCACGGUGCUUCAAGCGAGCGGCAUCCUUCCUGAAUACGCAGACAUCUUCUGCCAGUUUAACUUUUUACACCGACACGACGAGGCUUUUUCAACAGAGCCGCUGAAAAACAACGGGAGAGGAAACCCGCUGGGCUUUUACCACGUCCAAAAUAUCGCGGUCGAGGUCACUGAAUCCUUCAUUGAAUACAUCAAGACCAAGCCCAUUGUGUUUGAAGUGUUCGGGCAUUAUCAGCAGCACCCCCUGCAGGGCCAGGACCUCAGCCCACCCCAACAAUGCAGACGCUACUUCCCUCCUCCGAUGCCCCUUUCUAAGCCGGUUCCGGCCACCAAACUGAAUCCGCUGAGCAAGCCGAGCCUGGGACAGAGCGUCAGCAAAUACGAUCUGCUGGUUUGGUUUGAAAUCAGUGAAUUGGAGCCGACCGGGGAGUACAUACCUGCUGUUGUUGAUCACUCUGGAGGUCUCUCCUGCCAGGGAACAUUCCUGCUACACCAGGGCAUCCAGCGCAGGAUCACGGUCACCAUUAUCCACGAAAAAGGGAACGAGUUACACUGGAAAGACGUCAGGGAGCUGGUGGUGGGGAGAGUUCGCAAUAAAGCCGAAGUGGACGAGGCGGCCGCGGAAGCCGUCCUUUCCUUGAACAUCAUCUCCGCAAAAUACCUCAAGUCGUCUCAUAGCUCCAGCAGGACGUUCUACCGGUUUGAGGCCGUGUGGGACAGCUCUCUGCACAACUCCCUGCUCCUGAACAGGGUCACCCCCUACGGCGAGAGGAUCUACAUGACUCUGUCGGCGUAUCUGGAGCUCGAUCACUGUAUCCAGCCCGCGGUGAUCACAAAGGACGUGUGUAUGAUCUUCUACUCCCGCGACGCCAAAAUCUCCCCUCCGCGGUCCCUGCGCAGUCUGUUCGGGAGCGGAUACUCCAAGUCUCCUGAUUGUAACCGCGUGACCGGGAUCUACGAGCUCAGCUUGUGCAAGAUGGCAGAUACCGGGAGCCCAGGAAUGCAGCGAAGAAGGCGAAAGAUCCUGGAUACGUCUGUGGCUUAUGUCCGCGGGGAAGAAAACCUGGCCGGCUGGAGACCUCGCGGGGACAGCCUGAUUUUGGAGCAUCAGUGGGAACUUGAGAAGAUGGAACAGCUGCAUGAGGUGGAGAAGACAAGGCACCUCCUGUUGCUGAGGGAGAAGUUGGGUGACAGCAUUCCCAAAUCCCUAAGCGAAUCUAUUUCUCCGAGCCUCAGCAGCGGCACCCUCAGCACCUCCACCAGCAUCUCCUCCCAGAUAUCCACCACCACCUUCGAGAGCGCCAUUACCCCGAGCGAGAGCAGCGGGUACGACUCCACUGACGUGGAGAGCCUUGUGGACCGUGAGAAGGAGCUGGCAACCAAGUGUUUGCGGCUCCUUACACACACCUUCAACAGGGAGCUGACCCAGGUGUGCAACAGCAUCAGUGAUUGUAAGCUGUCUGAUAUCUCGCCCAUCGGCCGCGACCCGUCCGUUUCCAGCUUAAGCAGCGCGACGCUUACGCCCUCCUCCACCUGCCCGUCUCUGGCGGACUCCAGAUGCAGCUCCGCCGAUCAAAAGACUCCCGAAGCCAAUUCUCGUGCGUCCAGCCCCUGCGCGGACUUUGAGCCGUUCCACAUGGUGCCGCCGGUCCAGUCGUCGUACUUGGCCCGCGCUGGGAAGCACGAGUUUCUCAAUCUGGUACCGGACAUCGAAGAAAUGAGGCCUGGAUCUGUGGUGUCCAAGAAAGGCUACUUAAACUUCAAGGAGCCUCUGUCACACUCAUGGGCCAAGCACUUCGUGGUGGUACGUCGACCCUACGUCUUCAUCUACAACAGUGACAAGGACCCGGUGGAGAGAGGACUCAUUAACCUGUCCACCGCCCAGGUGGAGUAUAGCGAAGACCAACAAGCCAUGGUCAAGAGUCCUAACACUUUUGCCGUAUGCACCAAGUACCGCGGGAUUCUGCUGCAGGCCAUUAACGAUAAGGAUAUGAACGACUGGCUAUACGCCUUUAACCCCUUGCUUGCUGGCACAAUACGGUCGAAGCUGGCAAGACGCCGCUCUCUCUCCAUGAAGUACUGAGCUGCUCCGUCGCCUUCAGAUAGGAAGUGUUACCUCCCUUUACUCCUUUUUGUGAUUCUUGACAAUUUCUCUUUGUCUGUAAACCUGUGGCUUUUCCCCCCAGCGCCUUUUCCCUUCUGUGCUGAAGAAACAAAAUAACCCAACUCGUCGCAUGUGGCCUAACAGAUCAAAGAAAAGACAAAGGGGGUCCGGAAUCCCGCGAUUCCUCGCUUCUCUGGAUGUGUUUAACCCCCUUCCCGAGCAGUUUCUAGUGUCCGUAGCGUAACGCGUCUGUCACCAUGUGCAUUUUGUUUUCACUUUUUUGCCCCCUUAUUUUCCGGGAACCUCCGGCUCCCCCUGUUGGCCAUUUCGGGAUCCCCCUUCGAUGCGCUGCUAACACUGCAAGGGGCGAGCAGGAGUCUCCGUACUGCCGCGGGUCGUCUGUUCUCCCCCAGGUUAGGGCACAUAUUUGCCCGACGACUGCACUGUGACAAUACCAGAGUCGGGGUUCCUACCGGGGCAUGAAUUUUGGGGCAUUCCGCUGAAAAUGGUCUCUGCUGCUCACUGUAACAGA